AUGCCAGUCUCCCAGUUGUUCCUGGCGCUCGCAGCCAGUGCCGCUGGUGUUGUCACGGCUGUGUCAAGUAGCAACUCGACUACGAGAAACUUCACAGCCAAAGGCAUCGCUACUGGCACGGCAGCACAGCUUGAAACCUCCCCCUUCGCCCCAUUCAGCUUGAGCCCGGAAAUUCCGCUAGCCACCUUGGACUACGGGGCUGAGAGAGCGGGUUAUCCGACCUUUGAGGUCUCCGCCAUCAGCGAACCGGUUCAGAUCGAGGUGAAGUACACGGAGCAUUUUGAUGGACUCAAUCACCCGUUCGGCGACGGGCCGUACACCUUCUCCAACCAGCUGAGCAAUAGCUUCCGCGUCGAGACGUUCAAUAUCACUUCCAUCGGCCGAGUUGCGUCGCCGCUCAUCCAGGGAGGGCAGAAAUGGCAAUCCAUCAGGCUCUUGACGAACGCCACAGUCUCCUUUUCGAGCGUAGGGUUCGAGGCGACAAUCAAUACUCUUGAGCCGGAGGAACUCCCGGGCCAGUUUGAGAGUGAUGAUGAGAUUUUGAACGAGGUCUGGAAGCUCGGUGCUCGAGCAGCCACGGCGGCUUGCUUUGACAAGGGUUCGCAAAAGACGAUUUGGGAAGUCACUGAGGAGAACGGAGUGUUUGCGCGAAGUACGCGGCCCUCGAUGACUUACAAAGCCACCACAUGGAACAACUACACCCUUGAGUUUGAUACCAAGAUCGGAAGGGGAGGAAGCUGGUGGGUGACGGGAGGAGUUAUUGCCGGCAAUGGAUACACCAUGCUUCUUACUGGCGAGCUUCCCGAGUCGAGCACCUUCGCCAACGUCAACAAGACUCUGACACCGCCCAACACCAUCUCGUUGGCAUACGGUCCCGACUUUGUCAACCAGACGACACUCGCGAGUUACUUGUUGGAUGUCUUUGACGUCCCCUUCACGGUGAAGGAGAACGAGUGGUACCGCAUCAAAACCUCGAUGGCUUCCACCGGCCACCUCGCAGUCUCCAUCAACGGCACACAAAUCCUCAACAUCUCGCGUUCCGACUACCCGUGGGCUCUCAGCUCUGGCACAGUCUCGUACUCUGGAUCUCCUGACUUCAGCGGCUCCUUCGGCUUUGGAGCGUACCAAGACCAAUCAGCCUACUUCAAGAACGUACACGUCUACGACACCGCCAACGGCACGACGCUCUACUCCAACACACUCACCGGCAGCUCGGAAGCCAUUAUCGCCGAGUAUGGAACCCAAGCCAACAGCGAAGCCGCCUGCCUCGACGGCCCGAAGCGCGACCGACUCAUCUGGCUCGGCGAUUUCUACCACACCGCACGCAUCAUCGCCGCCAGCACAUCAAAGACGGAGCAGGCCAGGGGCACUCUACAGCUCCUGCUUGAUUCGCAGAUCGUAAACGGGCAGAUGAACAUCUCGCCUAACCUGGGUUACGACCUCGCCUCUGUUGCCAACGAGCUAGCCGCGCCGGCCGGGAGCUUCGGGCUGCAGGGUUACCAGCUCCUGGGCCUGAUGGCCUUCAACGACCACGUUCGUCUGACAAACGACCUCGACUGGGCGCGUUCGACGUGGCCGCGGUGGCAAAAGGUGCUCGAUUGGCUCCUGCCACAGAUCAACUCCACAACGGGCCUAUUGACUUUUGAUGGAGGGUUCGCGUUCACAGGGCCCGCGGACGGGGGAUCCGCCAUCGGGUGCGAGGCCGUCCAGACUCUCAACGGCGCUGCCGACGUCGCUGACGCGCUCAACGAUACGGCAUCAGCUGCGCAGUACAGGGACACGGCAGCGUCGCUGGCGACCGCGAUCAACGAGCAUCUCUGGAACGAAGAGACAGGCGCGUACGGUCUUUCGCCGGCAGAUCUGGACGGCAUGUCAGUGGCCGCAACAGCCUUCUGCAUCACUUCAGGCGUGGCGAACGCAACGCGCGCAUCGCGGUCGCUUGUCGCUGCGUCCGGCCUGAAGCUGGGUCCGGGAUACAAGGAUAACUCAGCGGUGAGUUCCAACGACUCGAGCGUCAACAUCUCGCCCAACACCAAUGGGUUUCUGCUCGAGGCACUGUUCGUAGGCAACGAGACGCAGGCAGCGAGGGAGCUGAUGGAGGGUCUCUGGGGCGCGAUGCUACCCGGCGACACGACCGCAGCGCAGAACAGGAGCGCGGUCGGCGCGAGCUGGGAGUACGUCAACGCUGCGACGCGACAACCCGGCUUGGGACUCUUCACGAGCUUGAGUCAUCCAUGGGGUGGCGCUGCGACGUAUGUAUUGACUGAGUGGGCUGCUGGGCUCCGGGCUGCUGCGGGUGUCGAUGGGUUCGGGUAUAAGAACUGGGUGGUGUCGCCUGCGACUGGUGUCGAGAUGGGGUUGAAGAGGGCGAGCGCCAAGGUUGUCACUGCGUUUGAGGGAGAGUUGAGUGUUGAGUGGAUAGUGCGGGAUGGUGAUAUUGGUGUUACUAUCCGGGCGCCGAUCGGCACACAGGGGCAGUUUGUUUACGGCAAUAAGAGCAUUGCGUUGCAUGGGCGGUCUGAGUAUCAGUUUACUGUCGACGCGUCGUUGGGUAAUGGUAUUGUUUAG